AUGGCGCAACGCGAAACCCUCGACAAGAUACAAGAGUAUGCCAGAGAAGCUCGUAAGCGGCAGAUCGAGGUAGUCGACUUUGACGCGUCCGGCACCGAAGCUCGUCUGUCGCAAACAGUGAAGGAGCUCCAGGCACGCGUUCAGGAACAACAAGCAGCCCUGGACAAGUUGAGAUCGGAAUCUAGUGUUGAUCUGAAUUCUGUAGCAUACGCGUCAGACGAUUCACGUCAAAAAUUGCAGCAACUCAUCGCAGUCAAAGACGCGUAUAGGCGUCUGAAGCCAACAGCAACAUACCUUCCUGGAAAAGGGUCGCCUCUCCCUUCCUUGCUAGCAGCACGUACACUGCAGAAAAAUAUCCAAGGAACCAAGGAAGCCAUCGCCGAUGUCAAGUCUGAACUCAACGCAAAGGAAGCUACCCUCCGGAGAGAGGAAGCCAACCUCCACGAUGCCAAUCAGCUCACCCAGGCCAUGGAAGCCCGAAUUGAACGUCUACGCGCUCAGCAUAUAGACCGUUCUCAAAAGACUCCCGCUCAGCUCGCGCGUGAACUCAUCGCAGCAAAGCGCGCGCAAAAGGAUGCCUAUGAUGCAGAUAUGCAACGCUUAGGCCAAGCCAUGAACGACUUCAUCAACGACUUUCUCUCCAACAUGCUUGCAGCAGAAGAGCUGGGUGGACCUGUAGUUGGCGACAUGCUUGACGUCGAAGACGACACACUGGCCGCCGGCUUCACGAAAAAGGGACGCGCAAAAUCGACCAAGAAGCCCGUCUCAGACAAGACACGACAGCGCAGAAUCGAUCAAAUCUGGGGCAAGAAGACUGCUACUACCGCUGAAGAGGAGGAAAAGGAACCACCGACUGAGGCUGAAGCUGCCGAUGCGGAAAUGCGACAGUUGAUUGAGAACCUGUUUGCUACAUUGGUAGGACCGGGUGGUGGAAAAGCUUACUUUCAGCUCGAGAGGGAUUCUGCGGCUUCGAGGUUUUUGGUCAGAGCAAAGAUUGCGCAGUUUCAUCCUAGAGACGCGAGGAAGUUGCGAUUGAUUGACUUUGGGCGAGAGUUGGAUGAUUGA